GGGUUACUCACUACUGAUGGGUGUGGGUGUGUCAAGAGUGGGUCGUGUACGGGCGCCCUGCCUCCUGCUGCUACUGCUGAUGUUCUCGUGUAGGACGCUGCACAGGAACACAGACUGGAACACCAGGGAGACCCUCUUCCUUGCAGGACUCAGAACACUGCCCCACAACGCCAAGAUGCACUACAACUUUGCCAACUUACAGAAGGACUUAGGCAACUUAGAACGUGCCAAGUUCCACUACCGCAAAGCUAUCAGAUUAUGGCCGGGGCACUGGAGUGCCCACAACAACCUUGGCACCCUGCUGAUCAACACGAGUCUGGCUGAGAGACACUUCCAGCUAGCACUGAAGGUUCACCCACAGCACUCCCAUGCUUACUACAACCUGGCUACCCUCAGGCAGAAAGAGGGUCGCGUCGCGGAGGCGAUGGCACUUCUGGAGGAGUGUUUGCGAUACGACACGACCAACAGGGACGCAGUCUCCGUCCUGUCGGGACUCUACGUGGACGCUGGACGUCUGCAGGACGCUCACCGCUUGUAUGUAGCGCUGGUGGUGGCGCGAGCCUCUGAUCCCGUAGUCCACAAUAAUUACGCUGCCUUCCUGCACAGAAUAGGUCAUCUGGAGACGGCCCUGAGGCACUACAAGUUGGCCCUGAGCCUCGACCCCCACCAAUGGGUGGCAUUGGUCAACACUGCCAGACUGAUGACAACCCUCAACCGUCACCACCAGGCCAUAGCGCUCUACAAGAGAGCUCUGGCAAUAGUAUGGGAAGCUGAGGUGGGAGAGAGCUUGGGAAAGCUUUAUCUCAGCACUGGAAGCUUACAAGACGCUGAAGUUGUCUUCACCAUCGUCUUGAAGCAUGAUCCAAACAUGUUGUCUUCUGUGGUGUGUCUGGCGCGGGUGAACUUCCAGCAGAGGAACUACCAGCAGAGCGAGCAGUUACUUCGUCAGGUGCUGCUCCAGGACCCGGGGCACCAGGAGGCCCUUCUACAACUCUCUCUCCUCUAUGCCCACACUAACCGUACCCACGAUGCCCUCCUCCUGGCCCACCAAGCUGCCCACAACUGCUCCAGACCGCCUACUUUCUGUGCCCACCUACAUGCCCACCACGCCGACCUACUCACUGACCGACACAGCACUGAAGAAGCCGCCCAGAGUUACCUGCUGGCGGUGGAACUGGAACCUACACUGACCCAUGCCCACGUGAAUCUAGGUGCCCUGUAUCAUACCCAGGGUGACUAUGGUCGAGCCUGGAGACACUACUUGACGGCCCAUGGACAGGAACCCUCAAACUCCCUCCUGCUGGAGAACAUGGAGAAACUGCGACGGACCCAGCAACUGCAGCACCCCAGCGGCGUCCCUCAUUGCCUCAACAAGUCCUGAUAGUCUCCUUCACUGCCUUGUUCUACCUCUCAGUACACGUUACUGAAAUAAAUAAUACUUAGAAGUAGCGGAGACCUUUAUUAACGACAAGUUUUAGCCCUCACAGUGUGCUGUAUCAAUUUAAGCAAACUGAUCCUCUUGUGGUAUAACAGGCUAUGACAGCGAACCUUACAUCAUGUGGACUUGUUAUGGUUUAUAGGGCGACAGAAGAGAGUAUAGAGAAUUACACAGUGCGAGCUUCUUGCUAUGACUUACAUGGCGAUUGACAACUUACGCCGUACCGAGCACCGUAUGAGGUUUCUUGUUAUGGUUCAUAGCGCCAUUAACAACUUACGCCGUAUCGAGCACCGUAUGAGGUUUCUUGUUAUGGUUCAUAGCGCCAUUAACAACUUACGCCGUAUCGAGCACCGUAUGAGGUUUCUUGUUAUGGUUCAUAGCGCCAUUAACAACUUACGCCGUAUCGAGCACCGUAUGAGGUUUCUUGUUAUGGUUCAUAGCGCCAUUAACAACUUACGCCGUAUCGAGCUUUAACACCAUGUGAGUUUCUUGUUAUGACCUGCAGGGCCACUAACAACUUAAGGCAUAUCGAACCCUACGUUAUGAAGGUGACGACACACUGUCUUUAACAAAAGUAUACACCGCACAAAAGUGUUAGUUAUUCCUCCUGGUUGGUAUUCAUAUACCGUUCCAGUUCCAACACUUUGCUGUUAUAAAGAGCUUUUUUGCCAAAGAAUGAUCAAGAGAACUGUUUGUAUCGCUGCUUUUGCUACUGUGUCGUUUACUGUAGUGUUAAGAGUGAUAAUAAUACGUUACUAUUAGCAAACCAUUCUCCCAUCUCUCUCUUACACAAGGGUUUCUACUGGGUUAGAUUAAGAUUUCCCAUCUAUAUUUUAAAGUAAAGAGCUGUUACCUACUCCCUCCCUCUCUCCCUCUCUCUCUCUCUGUCUCUCUCUCUCUCUCUCUCAAACCUACCACACAUUCUAGAACAUUAGUACAGAACAGACACACAUUUACGGUACAGACAAUGUAAAGUCAAGAGACGUUCAUUUUUCCUCUAAAGGGAAAAAGGGUUCACUGAUGCUGUUCAUGAGCUCUUGAUUCAAGGAACCAGAUCUACCCUCCCCUUCCUCGAAUCAAACUUUAAUACCUCCCGUUCUCCAGGAGCUGUACAGAGGUGAAUGAUUAUUUUCCAUGUGUAGGUAACGCCUCUACACGAUGGUAAACAAGGAAAGUAAACAAGGUAAAUAUGCAAAUAAAACAAGAUAAACAAGUAAACAUGACAAGUAAAGAUAAUGAAGUAAAUAUAAACAAGGAAAGAUAAACAAGGAAAGUAAAAAUAAACAAGGAAAGUAAAAAUAAACAAGGAAAAUAAAGAUAAACAAGGAAAGUAAAGAUAAGAAAAGUAAACAAGGAAAGUAAGGACAAGCAAGGGAAGUAAACAAGAUAAACAAGCAAUAUGUAUCUUACUCGAUGUUUCAAGAACGAGAGUUAUUUUGCUGUUUUAAGUUUAAAACAGCCAUCAAGACCAGAACUUUUUUAACAAAUAAAAAAAGCCCCCCUACCCCCCAAAAAAAAGACUCACUUGAGGCUGGCUUGGGUGGCCUGGUGGCCCGGUGGCCCGGUGGCCUGGUGGCCUGGUGGCCUGGUAGCCCGGUGGCCUGGUGGCUAAAGCUCCCGUUUCACACACGGAGGGCCCGGGUUCGAUUCCCGGCGGGUGGAAACAUUUCGACACGUUUCCUUACACCUGUUGUCCUGUUCACCUAGCAGCAAAUAGGUACCUGGGUGUUAGUCGACUGGUGUGGGUCGCAUCCUGGGGGACAAGAUUAAGGACCACAAUGGAAAUAAGUUAGACAGUCCUCGAUGACGCACUGACUUUCUUGGGUUAUCCUGGGUGGCUAACCCUCCGGGGUUAAAAAUCCGAACGAAAUCUUAUCUUAUCUUAUCUUAAAGAGUCCAGGAUAACACCAAUUAUUUAAGAGCCUAAAGAAUAACUAAAACCACGAAUCAUCUGAGUCCAAAACGUAAAAAAUAAAAUAAACGAUUCAGCUGAGAGUCCAAACACAAUAUGAGUCCCAAAAUCCAAAAGACAACCUUUCAACGAGUCUAAAAAAAAAGUCCAAAAGACGAUUUAUUUGAGACCUUAGUGUCCAAAAUAACAAAGACUCUUUAAAGUCCAAAAGACCACCAAUUAUUCAAAAAAUUUUAAGUCUAGAAGACCACGAAUUAUUCGAAAACAUAAAAGUCCCCCUUCCCCCCUCCCCCCAAAAAAAUACAUGAAAUAACGACUGCUAACAGUAACUAAAAUAACUGUUUUAGGGCAUACUCUACUAUUUACUCUGCUCUGUUGGCUAUAAUAAUUAAUUACGUUACCCGCGCUAUUUGAAUGUAAUCAAAUCUCCAUCUCAUCAUUUUUCAUAUCUAAAACUAACUUUGAUGUGCGUAUUACCUUUGAUGAAAAUUGGUUACAAAGCCAAUAUUAAUAUAGUCCCUUUGUAGUUUGAUGGUCAAAUAUUAUGAGCGGGUUAAAAAGGGACCUUUCAUGCGGGUUAUACACAUCGACACUGCCUAACCCUUCUAGGGUAGGGUAGGUGCCUGAGCCUUUAGCUCAUAAGACUGUCAUUCCCAUUUGUCCCCUUGGGGCGGGGAUGACAGACCAGAGAGGCCUAGCUUGUGGCUAGGCCUGGGGACAGUUGGUCCCAAAGAUGAGGAGGUACUUGUGCCUCCUCCCAUGGGAGACUUAGGUCUCAGACACUCCCUAAAGUGGGAGCUAAGGCCGGGCCACCACUUGGAAAGGGCCCGGGCCGGGCCACCACUUGGAAAGGGCCCGGGCCGGGCCACCACUUGGAAAGGGCCCGGGCCGGGCCACCACUUGGAAAGGGCCCGGGCCGGGCAACCACUUGGAAAGGGCCCGGGCCGGGAGAAUACCGGCUAAUCUUUACCUAACCGGGUUAUAUACAGUGAAAGUAAUACUCUUGUGUUUCUCGGGCUAUGUAUACUCCAAAUUUAUUUCAGUACCUGUUGGGGAUUAGAUUUUUCUUGACUCGUGAACAGAUGGCAUUUGUGAAAUUAAAUAAUGUUGAGGUCUGACACACCAUGUAUCACCCACCUUAAGUUACUUAUAACACAUGUGAAGGUCUGACACACCAUGUAUCACCCACCUUAAGUUACUUAUGACUGAUGCUGAGGUCUGACACACCAUGUAUCACCCACCUUAAGUUACUUAUAACUGAUGUGAAGGUCUGACACAUGUAUCACCCACCUUAAGUUACUUAUAACAGAUGUGAAGGUUUGACACACCAUGUAUCACCCACCUUAAGUUACCUACAACAGAUGUGAGGGUUUGACACACCAUGUAUCACCCACCUUAAGUUACUUAUAACAAAUGUGAAGGUUUGACACACCAUAUAUCACCCACCUUAAGUUACUUAUAACUGAUGUGAAGGUCUGACACAUCAUGCAUCACCCACCUUAAGUUACUUAUAACUGAUGUGAAGGUCUGACACACCAUGUAUCACCCACCUUAAGUUACUUAUAACAGAUGUGAAGGUUUGACACACCAUGUAUCACCCAUGUUAAGUUACUUAUAACAGAUGUGAAGGUUUGACACACCAUGUAACACCCACCUUAAGUUACUUAUGACUGAUGUUGAGGUCUGACACACCAUGUAUCACCCACCUUAAGUUACUUGUAACUAAUCUAGAGAUUUGGCACACCAUACAUCAC